GGCCAGUUGCCGGGUAACGGAGCGGAGCGGCUCCCGGCGCGCCGCCUCCCGCCCUCCGCCGAGUGGCGCUGGGGCCGCCGCCGCUUUACGUAAGGCGCAGGCCCGGCCACCCGGCGCUCGGCAGCCGCCCGCAGCCCCUCGCAGCGAGGAGAGGCGCCCCCGCCGGCCGCCGCGCCGCCCGGCAGCCUCGGCAGGUUCUGCCGGAGACUUCCAUUUGGCCUCAAUGUGAAAUUAAAGCAGAAAAUCACAUCUACAUGUAUGUUGCUAUCGGGAUGUUGAUUCAUUGGUCAUGCCUGAAGAGGGAAAUUCUGUUUUAGAUGGCUGACUACCAGCAAAAGUAAAUGCUUAUCCUAGAUGUCAAGCAUCUCUCCUUUUUACUGGAGUGAAAAUCCCCUCCAGAUACCAACAGAAUAUCAACUACAGAAAAUGCUUCGCAUUUUAAGAAUGUCAGCAACCUAAAUUCAUGCACCCUAUCUGUACAGUUGUUGUGGAUGGUUUGCCAUCUGAAAGCUCCUCAAGUUCUUAUCCAGGCCCUGUGUCUGUUUCUGAAAUGUCUCUGCUUCAUGCUUUGGGUCCAGUGCAGACCUGGCUGGGACAAGAGCUGGAAAAAUGUGGCAUCGAUGCCAUGAUUUAUACUCGGUAUGUCCUCAGUCUUCUACUGCAUGACAGCUAUGAUUACGACCUGCAGGAACAGGAGAAUGACAUCUUCCUGGGCUGGGAAAAAGGAGCUUAUAAGAAAUGGGGAAAGAGUAAGAAAAAGUGUUCAGAUUUAACUCUAGAAGAAAUGAAAAAACAGGCUGCUGUCCAGUGUCUUCGAUCUGCUUCUGACGAAAGCUCUGGUAUCGAGACUUUAGUGGAGGAGCUCUGCUCCAGACUGAAAGACCUUCAGAGUAAGCAAGAAGAGAAGAUUCACAAAAAGUUAGAGGGGUCUCCCUCUCCAGAGGCAGAAUUAUCCCCUACAGCAAAGGAUCAAGUGGAAAUGUACUAUGAAGCAUUCCCACCACUUUCUGAGAAACCUGUUUGCCUGCAAGAAAUCAUGACUGUGUGGAACAAGUCCAAAGUCUGUUCUUACUCUAGCUCUUCUUCAUCAUCCACAGCCCCACCAGCUAGCACAGAUACAUCCUCUCCCAAGGAAUGCAACAGUGAAAGUGAAGUGAUCAAGGAAAGAAGCAAUGAAGUACCCACCACUGUGCAUGAGAAAACCCAGAGCAAAAGUAAAAAUGAAAAGGAGAACAAAUUUAAUAAUGGCACAAUUGAAGAAAAACCUGCUUUGUACAAAAAGCAAAUCCGACAUAAACCGGAAGGAAAGAUUCGCCCUCGCUCAUGGUCUUCCGGCUCUAGUGAAGCAGGCUCAAGUUCAAGUGGUAAUCAGGGAGAAUUAAAAGCAUCCAUGAAGUAUGUUAAAGUAAGACACAAGGCACGAGAAAUUCGAAACAAAAAAGGGCGGAAUGGGCAAAGCAGGCUAUCAUUAAAGCAUGGUGAAAAGGCUGAAAGAAACAUUCAUACUGGGAAUAGUAGCAGUAGCAGCAGUGGUUCUGUCAAACAGCUGUGCAAGCGGGGUAAGAGACCUUUGAAAGAAAUAGGGAGAAAAGAACCUGGGAGCACUGAAGGAAAAGACCUGUACGUGGAGAGCAGAAACGACAGGGAGUACAAAGAGGAGCCAUUGUGGUACACCGAACCAAUUGCUGAGUAUUUUGUUCCUUUGAGCAGAAAAAGUAAACUAGAGACCACAUACCGAAACAGACAAGAUACAAGUGAUCUGACAUCAGAGGCAGUGGAAGAAUUGUCUGAAUCAGUGCAUGGUCUUUGUAUCAGCAACAGUAAUAUUCAUAAAACAUACCUCGCAGCAGGUACUUUCAUUGAUGGUCAUUUUGUAGAAAUGCCUGCAGUUAUAAAUGAGGAUAUUGACCUCACUGGGACCUCAUUAUGUUCUCUACCAGAGGACAAUAAAUACCUGGAUGACAUUCAUCUAUCAGAAUUAACACACUUCUAUGAAGUAGAUAUUGAUCAAUCCAUGUUGGAUCCUGGUGCCUCAGAAACAAUGCAAGGAGAAAGUCGGAUUUUGAAUAUGAUUCGACAAAAAAGCAAAGAGAAAACAGAUUUUGAGGCAGAAUGUUGCAUAGUGUUAGAUGGUAUGGAGUUGCAAGGGGAACGUGCAAUAUGGACAGAUUCUACCAGCUCCGUGGGUGCUGAGGGCUUCUUCCUGCAAGACCUUGGCAAUCUGGCUCAGUUUUGGGAGUGCUGUUCAUCCAGCUCUGGUGAUGCUGAUGGAGAGAGUUUUGGAGGAGAUUCUCCAGUUAGACUCUCUCCAAUCUUAGACAGCACAAUGCUCAAUUCACACUUGCUUGCUGGCAAUCAAGAGCUCUUCUCAGAUAUUAAUGAAGGAUCUGGUAUAAACUCUUGUUUUUCAGUGUUUGAAGUGCAAUGCGGUAAUUCUGUUUUACCAUUUUCUUUUGAAACACUCAACUUAGGAAAUGAAAAUACAGAUUCUAGUGCUAAUAUGCUUGGGAAAACACAGUCUAGAUUGCUAAUAUGGACCAAAAAUAGUGCCUUUGAAGAAAAUGAACACUGUUCUAAUCUUUCAACAAGAACUUGUAGUCCAUGGUCCCAUUCAGAAGAAACACGUUCAGAUAAUGAGAUGUUAAAUAUUCAGUUUGAAGAAUCCACACAGUUUAGUGCAGAAGAUAUUAAUUAUGUAGUUCCUAGAGUCUCGUCAAAUUAUGUAGAUGAAGAACUUCUAGAUUUUUUGCAAGAUGAAACUUGCCAGCAAAACAGUAGAACUUUAGGUGAAAUUCCUACAUUAGUUUUCAAAAAAAAAUCUAAACUAGAAUCUGUCUGUGGUAUUCAGCUAGAACAAAAAACAGAAAACAAAACCUUUGAAACUACACAAGCAUGUAGUGAAAACAGUCCACAUGGAGAUGGCUACAGCUCAGGGGUUAUUAAAGACAUUUGGACAAAGAUGGCAGAUAGAAAUUCUGUGGCUACAGUAGAAAUAGAAGGAAUCGAUGAGUUGUUUUCGACAGACGUAAAUAACUCCUGCUGCUGUUUGAAUGCUGAAGCUGACAUGGAAACCCUUCAGGAGCCUAAUAAGGCUGUGCAGAGGUCGGAGUAUCAUCUGUGGGAGGGGCAGAAGGAGACCCUGGAGAAAAGAGCAUUUGUUUCUAGUGAGCUAUCAAAGGCAGAUGGUGGUGAUUAUACUACACCCUCUAGACCUUGGGAUGUAGCCCAAGAUAAAGAGAAUGCAUUCAUUCUUGGAGGAGUUUAUGGCGAACUCAAAACCUUUAAUAGCGAUGGGGAAUGGGCAGUCGUACCGCCUAGUCACACAAAAGGAAGUUUGUUACAGUGUGCAGCUUCUGAUGUAGUGACAAUAGCUGGUACAGAUGUCUUUAUGACCCCAGGAAACAGUUUUGCUCCUGGUCACAGGCAGUUAUGGAAACCCUUCGUGUCAUUUGAACAGAAUGAUCAGCCGAAGAGUGGGGAAAAUGGAUUAAAUAAGGGAUUUUCUUUUAUCUUCCAUGAAGACUUACUAGGAGCUUGUGGUAACUUUCAAGUUGAAGAUCCUGGACUGGAAUAUUCUUUCUCUUCCUUUGACUUAAGCAAUCCAUUUUCACAAGUUCUUCAUGUAGAAUGUUCAUUUGAACCCGAAGGGAUUACAUCUUUCAGCCCCAGUUUUAAACCGAAAUCAAUCCUCUGCUCUGAUUCAGACAGUGAAGUUUUUCACCCCAGGAUAUGUGGCGUUGACAGAACACAAUACAGGGCUAUUCGCAUCUCUCCUAGGACUCACUUUCGCCCAAUUUCUGCAUCUGAACUGUCCCCAGGAGGAGGAAGCGAGUCGGAAUUUGAAUCUGAGAAAGAUGAAGCAAAUAUUCCCAUUCCUUCUCAAGUUGAUGUAUUUGAAGAUCCACAGGCAGAUCUCAAACCUCUGGAAGAAGAUGCAGAGAAAGAAGGCCAUUACUAUGGAAAAUCAGAGCUUGAGUCUGGAAAGUUCCUUCCCAGGUUAAAAAAAUCUGGAAUGGAAAAGAGUGCUCAGACAUCACUGGAUUCCCAGGAGGAAUCAACUGGGAUUCUGCCAGUAGGAAAGCAAAAUCAGUGUUUGGAAUGUAGCAUGAAUGAAUCUCUGGAAAUAGAUUUAGAAAGCUCAGAAGCAAAUUGUAAAAUAAUGGCACAAUGCGAGGAAGAAGUUAAUAAUUUUUGCAGUUGCAAAGCAGGUUGUCAGUUCCCUGCUUAUGAAGAUAAUCCAGUUUCUUCAGAACAGCUGGAAGAGAUUGGGAAGAAAGAAAAAGAGGAAAGAAGCAAGAUUCUACAUCAUACCACUACCAUAUUCCUUCGCUUUCUAUUUCCUAUAUUGAACACUGAUGUACAAGGAAUGAAUGGAAGUCAAGAAAAGCAGACCUGGUGGGAAAAAGCCUUGUACUCUCCUCUUUUUCCUACAUCAGAGUGUGAAGAAUGUUAUACAAAUGCCAAGGGAGAGAAUGGUAUAGAAGAAUAUCCAGAUGUUAAAGAAAUACCCAGUAAUGAAGAACGUCUGUUAGAUUUUAAUAGGGUGUCUUCUGUUUAUGAAGCAAGAUGUACAGGAGAUAGAGAUUCUGGAGCAAAAUCAAAUGGCUUCCGCAGAAAGAUAUAUUCCAGCGAGAGCUCCGGCUCAGAAGACACGGGCUCAGAAGGUGGAGGUGAAUGGGUGGACCCUAGCGAAGAGGAACUCUUCUCUCGAACUCAUCUCUAAACCUGCAAAGUAGUACAAAUUAUUUUUUAAAAGUGAUAUGUGAUGGAAAAUUAGUCUUUUGUGAGCCUGUUAAUCUAACACAACAACUUAGGUUUCUUCUUCAAUUAACUGAUUCAGAUCAGUAAUUAUCUUUCUCUUCUUACUUAUUUUAGAGUUGAGGACAGCUAUCCUGUUGAAGAUUUUUUUUCCAAGCUGUUAAAUUCUCGACUAUUUGAAAUAGACUAGAUUGUGUUGUCAAAUCAAGAAUGGGUGUGCAUGUGCUUGUCUUAGAAAUUUCACUGCUUUUUGCAUCUUAACUGCAGUUAAUUUUCCUUCUCACUGCAGUUAUAUCACUAUUACCUUAUUAGCAUUGCAGUGUCAACAACCACUUCUGCUUUCAGAGACUUUAGCUUUGGAACAUUUAGGCUUUGUUCUCUAAGAACUGGGAUAUAAAUCCUUACCCUGCAGUGGCUCAGUGCCUUUUCAAGGCCAGAGAGAAGCACGGGUGACUCAUCUGCAGUCUUCAUUCAGUAAAAUCUCAUGUACAUUUGAAGUGAGAACCACAAGGGUGUGCUUUUAGAGACUUACAAAAUACUGUGUUUUCUAUCUUAGGAUUAUUCCCUCUAAAGUAUCACGGAAGAUACUAUGGUUUGUGACUUUCUUGCUAACUGAAGAAGCCAAGGAUUUGGGAUAUGGGGCCGUAUGUGAGGCAGAGUGGGGUACGCUCCCCUCCCCACAACCUGUUCUUGCAUUUAUACCAAAACGUCAUUCAGGGUUCUUUGUGGUGAGUCUUAAAAUACAUGGUAAGGAACAUAGUUGCAAAUGAUUAUUUUCUGGUGACCUGCAUUGAAUUGAAGCCCCCAAAACUUGAAAUUGUAAACAUAUGGCAUUCAGUAAAGGCCACCUCAUCACUCAAAGAAAUCUUUGGCUGCUGCAGCUAGCUGCUCUUGUGGCUGUGAUGUAGUGUAGCUUAUAUCUCAUUUUGUGUUUGAGAGAAUGUUCUGGGCAGGUUCUGUGUGUGGUGGGGCGGGGCGGGUAGAGUAAUGGCUUUCCCACAUGCCUGUGUGAUUGCUGUACUGACUGUCCAGUGUCACUUGGUGAACACAGGGGUCAGGACACCUGGACACGUCAUGUCUGUGCGUGCUGAUCACCUUGAGCUGUCAUGACGUGCAGCAGGUCGAGGCUAGAGGAGCAGUAUUUGUUUUAAAUUGUUUUUCUUUUUUUACCAACUUGUUUUAAAAAAAAAAAAAACAAACACACACCUAAUCUGUGAAAUCCAUUUAGCAUGUCUAGAACAUCAAGAACAGCAGAAGAGUCUGAUAGGGACUAGACAGCUUCACGACUGAUUUUGACAGGCAAUAAAUUCAUCAUUUAUUAGCUGGGAGCUGAACUGGCUGUGAAAUCUAUGAUUUGCUUUGAACAUUUGGGUUUUGUUGCCUUUUUCUUAAUUGAUAACACGGAAAAUGCCAUCAAAGGCCGUGGAGUCUUCGUGGUCCUGUAUGUCCUCACUGUGAGAAGCCUGACGUGACCGUCAGGUUUGAUCUCACCACAGGUUAGGGGUUAUUUUUAUACAGCACAUCUUUUGACACUUUAAAGUGGGUUUGUGUGUGCGUGUGUGUGCAUGUGUAAGGUUUUAUGUUGCUGUUAUUUAUUUACAGACUUCAGAUAAGUUUUUAUGUAUUUUUCUUUCUUCUGGAGCUUCCUAAAAAAUGAUUAGCAUCUGCACUGAAAUAAUUUAACAGCAAAGGCAAAAAAGGAUUGGAAGUUAUAAAUUCUUAAAAUUACUACAGUGACGAUUAUCCUAGAAAUCGUUGCUUAUGUAGCUGAGACCAAAUAAUUAGAUUUCAGACACAACCUUGAGCACAGUUGAUUUUGGACAGCUGCUGUUUGUAAGGAAAGGGCUCUAGGUGGCAAAGGUGCGGACUUCCUCAGACACGGGUGAGAAGAUACAGCACCUUCCACAGGGGAACGGGGAUGGAUUAUAAAUGGGCAGAGGGAUUAACAAAUUAUGUAUUUAUUUGUUUUCAUAGUAAAGUAGCUGAAGCUGAGAGGCUUUCAGCAACAGAGUUGAAAGUGUGGUUUUUAGUUUUGUGAAUGGAUGAUUACAAAGAAAAAGCAUUAAAAAAAAGUUGGCAAACGCUGAAACGCACUGUGGUAUGAAGCGCAUUGCAUAUCCAUAGCACUGAAGUAUCAGCUUCCGUUCCUGGGCUGAGAUUUUUUUCCCCAUGGUUAUAUUGUUCUGAUUUCACGUACACCAGAAUAACUGAUUUUUUUUUUUCUUGUGGAGUUAACACCAAAUAAAAAUUUUAAAAACA